GUCUCGCCAUAAAACUCCAUUGGAAGAAGAAGAAGAAAGUCUCGCGAGAGGCUGGAGGCGGUGCGGCCAGGCGCCGUCCUGCCCUUCUGCCCGGGGAGACGUCUCUCAGUCAUGGCGCCCCGAGUCCUCCCUUUGGUUAAAUUCCUGAUCAAAGGAGCCUUUGCAGGGGGUGCUGUUUACGUGGUUUAUGACCAAGGACUUCUGAGCGGGGGCGAACAGGCGGCCAAAGCCCUCCACAAAGCCGAAGAAGCUCUCCCACCAGCCGUGGAAGAAUGGGUGAAAUAUUUCGGCUGGCAGCUUCCGGCAGUUCCGAAAAGCGAAUUCUCUCUCUGCAAUUCCUGGAACUCGGGGGUGCGGACGGUGAUAGGGGCUCUCUCUGUGGCCCCUACCAGGGCCUGCGAGUACACUCAGCACGGAUGGAAGUACAUGAAGGAUCUUGUCAAAUAAAACCUAUCGACGAGGCCUCCUUUCUUUCUCUCUAACGGGGAAAUUUCCAGCACCUACUCACGGAGCACGGAGCUGGUACGCAAGGGCUACAAUAAAGACUUUGAAUUACUCCUG